CAGCUGCUCCUCGCGGAGCGGGAGACGGAGCCGGACCCUGAGCGCAGAACGGGCUGAGACGGCUGCGAGGCGGCCCCGCCCCGGGGCUCCAUUGUUGCGGCGACUCCGGCUCUGCGGGCUGCUCGGCUCCGUCUCGCUCGGCCAGGGCACCUCCGGCAAGGAGUGAGUGCUGCCCGGGAGGCGGCCUGAGUAUCUUCAGUAUCCGGCUUAACAGAAGAAGCUGGCUUCUCAUAUCUAUUUCUGCAUUCUGAUUGUGAUGAACCGCUGUUUUGGUGGAAGUACAUAAAGACGAUCUGGCCUCACAAAGCUAUGUACUUGGAAAAGAGAAGAGUAUUUUAGUGCCUUUUCAGAAAAUGGUGAAUAUUCUUUGAUACUACACCGAAACUCAACACGUGGUAGUUUCUUAAGCAAUGGAAGAGUUAAUCGUUGAACUUCGUCUCUUUCUUGAACUCCUGGACCAUGAAUAUCUAACCUCAACUGUCAGGGAGAAAAAGGCAGUUAUCACAGACAUCCUGCUGAGGAUACAGUCAUCCAAAGGUUUUGAAGUGAAAGAUCAUGCUGCGAAGCCAGAGACCCCCAACAGCCUGCCGGCCCCUCCCCAGAUGCCUCUGCCAGAGAUCCCGCAGCCGUGGCUGCCGCCUGACAGCGGGCCACCACCGCUACCGACAUCCUCUCUCCCGGAAGGCUACUACGAGGAGGCCGUGCCGCUGAGUCCCGGGAAGGCUCCGGAAUACAUCACCUCAAAUUAUGACUCAGAUGCAAUGAGUAGCUCUUACGAAUCAUAUGACGAAGAGGAGGAAGACGGAAAGGGGAAGAAAACGCGGCACCAGUGGCCCUCGGAGGAGGCCUCCAUGGACCUGGUAAAGGACGCCAAGAUCUGUGCCUUCCUGCUGCGGAAGAAACGCUUCGGGCAGUGGACCAAGUUACUCUGCGUCAUCAAAGACACCAAACUACUGUGCUACAAAAGUUCCAAGGACCAGCAGCCCCAGAUGGAACUGCCCCUCCAAGGUUGCAACAUUACAUACAUCCCAAAAGACAGCAAAAAGAAGAAGCACGAGUUGAAAAUUACUCAGCAGGGAACAGACCCGCUUGUUCUUGCUGUCCAGAGCAAGGAGCAGGCCGAACAGUGGCUGAAGGUGGUCAGAGAGAUCUACAGCGGCUGCAGCGGGCCAGCAGACUCGGAAUGUCCUCCCCCCUCCAGCUCCCCGGUGCACAAGGCAGAACUGGAGAAGAAACUGUCUUCAGAGAGACCAAGCUCAGAUGGGGAGGGUGUUACAGAAAAUGGAAUUGCUGUGUGUAACGGAAAAGAACAAGUUAAGAGGAAAAAAAGUUCCAAAUCAGAGGCCAAGGGAACUGUGUCCAAAGUCACCGGGAAGAAGAUCACCAAGAUCAUCGGCUUGGGGAAGAAAAAGCCAUCGACGGACGAGCAGACCUCCUCGGCGGAGGAGGAUGUGCCUACUUGUGGCUACCUGAACGUGCUCUCCAACAGCCGCUGGCGGGAGCGCUGGUGCCGCGUCAAGGAGAACAAGCUCAUCCUCCACAAGGACAGGGCCGACCUGAAGACCCACAUCGUCUCCAUCCCGCUCCGUGGCUGCGAGGUCAUCCCGGGGCUGGACUCCAAACACCCCCUGACGUUCCGGCUGCUUCGCAACGGCCAGGAGGUGGCCGUGUUGGAGGCAUCUUCUUCUGAAGACAUGGGCAGGUGGAUUGGGAUUUUGCUGGCUGAGACGGGGUCCUCCACAGACCCUGGGGCCCUGCACUAUGAUUACAUAGACGUGGAGAUGUCGGCCAAUGUCAUUCAGACGGCCAAGCAAACCUUCUGCUUCAUGAACAGGCGUGUUCUGUCCACUAACCCGUAUGUAGGGAGCACCGCCAACGGCUACGCACACCCCAGCGGGACGGCGCUGCACUACGACGACGUCCCCUGCGUCAGCGGCUCGUUGAAGGGUAAAAAGCCGCCCCCCGUGGCAUCCAACGGGGUUACAGGAAAAGGCAAGGCUCUGAGCAGUCAGCAAAAAAAAGCUGAUUCAGCGGCUGGCGUGAAGCGAACGCCUUCAAAUGCUGACCAGUACAAAUAUGGCAAGAACCGGGUGGAAGCGGAUGCCAAGCGGCUGCAGGCCAAAGAGGAGGAGCUGCUGAAGAGGCGGGAAGGCCUGCGGGACAGGCUGGCCCAGCUGCGGAAGGAGAGGAAGGGCCUGCGGGCCGCCAUCGAAGUGAACACCGGCAGGAAGACCCAGGUGAUCCUGGAAGAGAAGCUGAAGAAGCUGGAGGAGGAAUGCAAGCAGAGGGAGACGGAGCGCGUCAACCUGGAGCUGGAGCUGACAGAGGUCAAGGAGAGCCUCAAGAAAGCCCUGGCCGGCGGGGUCACCCUGGGGCUGGCCAUCGAGCCCCGGCCGGGGACGUCGAGUCCACAGUCUCCAGUUUUUAGGCACCGGACUCUGGAGAACUCGCCCAUGUCCAGCUGUGAGACCAGUGAUGCAGAGGGCCCAGUGCCCGUGAACAGUGCGGCCGUCCUGAGGAAGAGCCAGCCGGCCCCCGCCAGCUCCCCCUGCCGGGGACACGUGCUUCGGAAGGCCAAGGAAUCCUCCUUUUCAAAGGCAAAAAAGGCCAGAACUUGUCUCUAGGCCUGGACCAUCUGCUUUCAGGAAAACCAGCAGCAUGGUUCUGUGUCCUGGCUUCUCCUGACCUGUUCUUUCAUUGGUGACGUAGAGAUUGGCCAGUGACCGCUGGGAUCCUUUAAAAAAUCAAAAGUCGAGGCAGACUCCUCUCCAUACCCUCUGCUUGCCAGCCCCGCUGCAGCCUGUAGCCUGUGCCUGAGGGGCCAUUCUGUAGUACCUUCCAGUCUUCUGAUGGGAUUGGCCACUAACGAGUUUUGAUGCUAAGCUUUAAAAUCUCAGAGAAUUUUUUAAAACUAUAGUUUAUCAAAGCAAACAGCUCCUGACGGCUUAACUGAAAGUGUGUGGUGUGAAAAACUCCUGCUUGGUCCAGUCAGGCUAACGUAUCCAGAUGUGUUUAAUCUGUUGUGAUGAACGUGGAGGCCAGACGUCCUCCCCUCGCCGUCCCUGGGACCCUCUCUCGCUGUCAUUACCUCCGUGCUUUGGCAGCUUUGAACCCGUUCCAAACUGGCUAGAAACCUGUUGUUUUCUGACAACGGAUGUGGUGUCAGAUGUGAACGUGCGUGUUAACCUCUGGCUGCUGUGUUCACGGAGGGUCCCUGCCGAUGGGGGUUAGAAACAGCAUCCUGGAAUACCUGUCUUCUUCGUAGCGUGUGCGUUUGACUGAGCCUGUGUGUCGACAAAUUCGGGGAAAAGAAGAAUUACUGCACAUCAUUUGUUCCUUUUCCUUGGCGUGCGUCCAGUGUUCUUCGUUUGCAGAGGAGUAUGUUUUGCCUGAGAGAUGUUUAGAAUAGAGCUGUCCCAUAAAGUCCCCCUAAUUAUUGGCAGAAGGGAAAUGCAGUAAAAAUAGUUCAUUUAUUUCUCUACUGUCAAAGAAAUCAGUUUCCAGUUCUGUCAGUCCAGCCUCUGAAAGGGCUACAUUUUCCAUGCCUGCUCUCACUCUCCAGAGGCUCAGUACUCUGCACUUCCUGCCCCCUUUUCACAGUAAAUAUAAAACGUGUGGUUUUGGCCGGUUCAGAUGCACAGCUGGCCGUUCAGACUGGACCACAUCCUCCCUGAAGGCGUGGGAUCGAGCAGGGGUUUCCCAGGAUUCCUGAGAAUAGUGGCAGGGGACCACGGCUGGAGGGCGGGGUGGUGGCCUGGCCUCUUGCCUCUGGGAGCGUCUGUCCACCUGUAGGUGCAUCCCACACGUGGCCUCCUCUUGCACCCUGGCCUUUUUUCUGAGGACCUUUCUGAGUCUGACGCGUCCUGGGCUCGGAAACCGUUACCCCAGGCUGUGUUCCUGGAAUAAUUUCCCAUUCCCGAUGAGGGAAGCUCUGGAGUGUGAGAGAGCGCGCUCCUGAAACUCAGAGCGUUUCAAGUCACCUGUCACGGGGUUUCCCAGCCGAGAAGGGGGCUGAAGGGCCCCGAUGUCCAGCUCCAGGCCCAGCAUUCUCCCUGCAGCCUGGGAGCUCCGGGUGCCGAGGGACGUUCUGGGAGCCGGGGCGUGGUGGCUGCAGUGCUUUCAGAGCUGACACACGUGCCCCAGGUCCCGGCGUACCAGGGCUGGGCCAUCCCGAGCAAGGGACACCCGCCUUCGUGCAGCCUUUUCAGUGAAACACAUGGCAGCCUUGGGUCCUCCCCAUGUCCCCCUGGCUGGGCGUGUCCGUGGAGCGCCCUGCUUGGUGGCCAACGUGACCUGUGCUUGGUCACACGAUCACACGCGUAAUCGCGCGUGUGAGGCUUUGGCAGCGUGUGCAGGCACAUACACACGACUUCUCUCCAAGCCGGCACCGCCCCAGAGGCUGGCGGCGGUGGAGGGAGGCUCCCUGCCGCCUGGAGCAUCACCUUUGCGCAGAGCAGCUGAGCAUCCUCUCUGGGGAGCCCGGAAUUGGGGGUGGGGCAGUGGGAGAGGCCACGAGGCCGUCCACGCCUCUGUAGGACCAGCGCCUGCACGUGCUCACGAGGUGCAGGCGGCUCAGUUUUGGUUUUGUUCCUGCCACGUUGGCUGACGCCAUGCUUUUAACCAUUAAUGAAGCAAGCUUGUAGUUCGAUGCUAAAAAAAAAGGGGAGAAAUUCCUAAUUUGAUACAAUAUGAGAAGGUGUGCAGUGUACUCACGGCCCAGUUAAUGACCCCCUGGGGUUACAGUGGGAGUCAGGCGCUUGCAUCAGACCAGCACUGCCGCGCUCGGUGCUCCAGGGCAGGCGGGAGAGCCCUGCUUGGCGCCUGGCCCCGUGUGGGGACCGCCACGCCACGCGCACGUUCUCUAGAUGUGCCCAGAGUCCUUAGUGGGCCGUGUGGUGAUCUCGGUUUGGGCCGUGUGGUGAUCCUCAGCCUGUUGCCGGGGAACCUCGGUGCUGUUUGCACGGCAGCUGAGCCCUCACCCUCUGGGGCACAGGUGUGGAUGGGAUGCAGCCUGACGUGUCCCAGCCCCGCAUGUGCCCUUUUGAUCUGUACACGCUUCCUCUUGCCUC